CGCUUCGGACAGCGAGCGGCCAUGCGCGAGUGCAUCUCCAUCCACGUGGGCCAAGCGGGCGUGCAGAUCGGCAAUGCGUGCUGGGAGCUGUACUGCCUGGAGCACGGCAUCCAGCCCGACGGGCAGAUGCCCAGCGACAAGACCAUCGGCGGGGGGGACGACUCCUUCAACACGUUCUUCAGCGAGACGGGUGCCGGCAAGCACGUGCCCCGGGCCGUGUUCGUGGACCUGGAGCCCACGGUGAUCGACGAGGUGCGCACGGGGACGUACCGGCAGCUCUUCCACCCCGAGCAGCUGAUCACGGGCAAGGAGGAUGCGGCCAACAACUACGCCCGCGGGCACUACACCAUCGGGAAGGAGAUCAUCGACCUGGUCCUUGACCGCAUCCGCAAGCUGGCUGACCAGUGCACAGGGCUGCAGGGCUUCCUGGUGUUCCACAGCUUUGGUGGUGGCACCGGCUCUGGCUUCACCUCCCUGCUCAUGGAGCGGCUGUCUGUCGACUACGGCAAGAAGUCCAAGCUGGAGUUCUCCAUCUACCCGGCCCCGCAGGUGUCCACGGCCGUGGUGGAGCCCUACAACUCCAUCCUCACCACCCACACCACCCUGGAGCACUCCGACUGUGCCUUCAUGGUGGACAACGAGGCCAUCUACGACAUCUACUGGUACGUGGGGGAGGGCAUGGAGGAAGGGGAGUUCUCGGAGGCCCGUGAGGAUAUGGCUGCCCUGGAGAAGGAUUAUGAGGAGGUGGGGGCUGACAGCUUGGAGGGCGAUGAGGAGGGGGAGGAAUACUAGUGCCUUGUGUCUUGUGCUACACUGUGGUGCUGUUCAUUAAAAUGCCUCUUUCCAA